UGAGUUUGCUAAGAGCUGCUGUUAGGGUUCCGUGCUCCUCGCUCACUCGUCUUCCUUUCCCGGUUUUGUUGCCGCGACGACCGCCGGAGUUUCUGCCGCUGCGAAUUAUCAGGAAUUUGAGCUUCUGCUGGAGAAGGGCUGAGCUGAGAGCUCAUUCGGUCCUCGUGGUGGCUUGCGAGAAGGAGAGUGCGAGCAAAUUGGGAGGCGCCGGUUAAUCUGAUCCGCGUCCUUGCGUUUUGCCAAUUUCAGCAAAUCGAUUGGCCAAUCGCUUGACAGCAUUGAUGAAAUCAAUCAUUUUUCAUUGGGCGUUUUGGCACCAAGUGGAUCCCAUCCAAUUUCUCCGGUGAUAGCGAGCAUGACACAGGGGAUUGUAUGCCAGACCUGUGGUGAUGAGGGGUUCUCUGUUGCUUUGAUAUACUGUUACCGUUGCGAAGAGAAUGCCGUGCAUCGCUAUUGUUUGGAAGUCUUGCCAAAAUCAUUCAAAGAGUUUGUUGUAUGGUACUGCGAUGAUUGUAAGCCUCUGGAUCUCAAACAGGGUGGCAUUGCGGAACCCAGCCCUUCACGUGAAAGUAGUGACUCCCAAAACCUAAAGAGUGUAACAUGUAUUUCAUCCGACGAGAAUGACUCACAGAACUCAAAGACUGCCAAAUUGACAUCACCGAAAGGGAAAUGUAAGAAGAAGACAUCGAGGAAAAAGAAGGUGACAAACAAGGCAAGAAACAGGAAGAAGGGUCUCGAUGAUGGGAAGGACUCAUCAUGCUCCAUAGUUAAAACAGAUGCUCAGAUGACUGAGGGUGGCCAACAGCCUCAGGCUAGCUGCAGCACAAACCAUGUCAAUAUUCAAACUGGGAACGAGCCGAGUUUAAAUGUGGAGGAUGAGAAACGUAGUGAAGAGGCAGAAUCUGCUAAUAACUUAUUCCCAUUACCAGUACUUGACUCCUCAAAGACACCAAGGAACAUUGAUUAUGUCCCUGCAUUGCCGAUUGUCAACCCUAUCUGGAGGGGAGGUAUAUGGAUUAACAAGCACAAAGACAAUUAUUCGUGCAACAUUGUGGCCCACGUGUCCCGAUUAGCAUGCUCCAGGGUUAACAAGGAGGCGAAGCUGUUCCCUGAGAUGCUGUAUUGUGAGCUACAUCGUCGAUCGUCAGUCUGGCCUAGAGGGUUCGAGCAAUACGGGCCUAGGGAUGAUAGCAUCGCUCUUUAUUUCUUCCCAGAAAGUGAGAGUGAUGAGAGGGUUUUCAAGAACCUUAUAAGUGAAAUGAUCCGCAGCGAUUUGGCGAUUAGAGCCAUGGUUGCUCACGCUGAACUCUUAGUCUUCACUUCGACCAAGUUGCCUAUACGACUUUGGAGGUUUCAGGGGAAGCUGUACUUGUGGGGAGUUUUCAGGAAGAAGCAAGAUUCAUCCGAAACAUCGAAAUCAUCGGCUACUUCUGCAGAUAACAUUUCGGAGACAGUAGGCCCAAACUUGAAGGGUCCUAUACCAGUCCGUUAGCCCGUUAGCAUAAAUCAACUCAAUUGUAAAGGUUUUGUUAGGGUGGUAUCAGUGCCACAAUGUAUUCCUUCUAGUUUCUUGGGUAACAACUAACAACAUGAACCAGAAAAUUAGAAUAUUCGGGUUUGGCUAAUAUUCUUUUGAAAGUGUAAAUUCCAUUGUAUAUUCAUGUCUUGCUUCGGCUUGACGAUGAUCAUGUUCUGUCGUUGUUCUGAGUCACAUUUCUUAUCUUCCCGUCUUGUACCAGAAACAGAAAAUCAAAAGUUGGAAGA